AUGCGAAUUGUUGCCAGUGAAGUUGCCUCCUCCUCCUCCUCCUUAGUUAUGCGUGUAAUUUGCUUGUGUUUUACACAGUCGGCGACUUCUUCGCCUCAGUUCUACACCUUCGAAGCAUUGGACAUCGAUGGGAACAAGGUUUCCAUGGAGAAGUACAGGGGCAAGGUAGCCAUUGUCGUAAAUGUCAAGAAUUACGCCCAGCUGCAAGAACUGUAUACCAACUAUAGCAGUCAGGGCCUCUGUGUGCUCGCUUUUCCGUGCAACCAGUUUGGAGGUCAGGAGCCCGGAACAAAUGCUGAGAUCAAGGAGAACGCCCGAAGCAAGUUCGAGCUCACCUUCGAUUUCUUCAGCAAGUGUGACGUCAAUGGUUCCGACGCCAUACCCCUCUUCACUUACCUCCAGAACACCCUCAAAGGCACGCUUUCAAACAAAAUUAAGUGGAAUUUUACAAAGUUCCUCAUCGACAGAAAUGGUGUCCCCUUCAAACGGUACUCCCCGACUACCGAUCCCAAGGAUAUGGAAGGCGACAUCAAAAAGCUGCUGUCCCAGGCCUAG